AUGCCUCUACCAAUGAAAACCUGGGUAUUCCUGGCAACAUCACGAACCUCAGGCCGUGCUGUCUUCGCGAAAUUUCCCCAGCCUCACUCCUCCGUCAGCAACCACAUGAAAUCUCCAACAUCGAAAGCUACAGUUGCUCUUAAGUGUACCUCGCCCUGUUUAUACCUAGCUGUUCUAACUAGAAUGAUCCACUCAUAUGCUAUUGUCUGUCUUUGUGAUCCCAGAAUUAAGCUCGACCCACGCCAACCCAGAGGGGAGCUUGUCAAUUACUUGGCCCUUCAACGCAUCCAGACCCAGACGGGGUUCAGGGUGGGUUUUAUGGGCCAAAACUGCGCCUGCGACCACAUCUUGGAUGUGCGAUCCGAAUGCCUGAGCCGAGGUAUGGCGAAAGACCACAAGGGUGCGGCCGGUGCCGGGUGGCCGGGAUAUGGUCUCAUCCAAUUCAGCCAUAUAACUAAGAAUAUCCUGGUCGCUAUGAUAGACGUAGCACAAUAUAGAUUUAGGCGCGGGCAUCAAAGGGACGUAACCCUCGGCUCAGGCAGCUCACCGGAGCAACUGGAGCAGCGUGAGCAUGCCCUGAGUACAGCGUCAAGGCGCAUCCCGUGA